UGGGAAGGGAAGAUCCUCUUGGGCGUCUUCAUAUAAAUGACGGCGGUGCUCGCGGCACGGGAUCACAGAUUCAAUCUCGUUCAAAUCGACAAAGCCGUACACAAACCGCCGACAAUCGUCGUCGUCAUGCAGUAUCUAAUCUUGGCCUUUGCAGCCUUCGGCUGCGUCUUUGGACAGUUCGGAUCGUAUCGCGGCUUUCCCAGCCAAAAUGCAUAUAGACCAACGCCGAGGCCUUAUCAGCCGCAACCGCAGCCGCAGCCACAACCGCAAUACAAUCAAUACACGUCUCCCGGAAAGCAGCCGUUUAUAGGCAUUCGAAGCCAGCACAAGGAUACAUCGCCGGACGGAUCUUAUGAAUUUGGCUAUGAAACCGAGAAUGGAAUUUCAGUCUCUGAAAGAGGAUACCCUCAAGCUGGACCUCAGGGUCAAACGGAGGUGGUCCAAGGCAGUUAUUCGUAUCAAGCGCCCGACGGAACCCCCAUCACUAUCCAGUACACGGCUGAUGAGAACGGUUUUCGUGCCGAGGGUGCCCAUAUUCCCACGCCACCGCCUAUUCCGGAAGCCAUCAGAAGAGCACUCGCGGCGAAUCCACCUGGGCCCGAUGACGAGAAGUACGACCGGCAACAAUACGACCGGCCCUUCCAGCAGAGAUUCGGCGGAACGACGUACAAUCCCAAUCCAUUCCGGAGAUUCUAGUUUCACUGUACGCUCCGCAGAAUUCUCUACGAUACAUCCACGACCAGCACAGUCCAGCGAAUACGCUGGAGGGAGGCUCGGCUAGAUAUCGAUACAUGUGACGGCUUUGAGUCAUUUUUUUCCCUCCCCAGCCUCUAAUGCGAAGUGAUACGUGUACAUAGGACACACAGUAUGGUGGAUAACAAAACAGUAUCGAUCCCUAUAAUAUAACUUGCCGUUACGCAAUAAAUCAAUAUAUAUUGUUUCUA